AGAUCCGAAGCGAACACCACAACUUUAAAACCUCCUCACCUCACUUAACCCGGCAGCAGCCACAUAGCCCCAAACUCAGCCGACCAAACUCAAGAAAAAGGAAAAGAGCCUCAGUUGGAAAUGGCGAUGGUAUCUACGUAUUGCCCACAGUUCAGUGGACUUCGCCGAUCAUGUCUGAAACUCGACAUCUCACAAUCUCAAUCUUUUGUUCAACACAUCAACUCUCAACUCCGUCUCUCCUCUUCUCGCAAGCCUUGCAGAGCUGUUGUUGCCAUGGCCGGCUCGGGAAAGUUCUUUGUUGGGGGUAACUGGAAAUGUAAUGGAACAAAAGACUCCAUCACAAAGCUUGUUUCUGACUUGAACAGCACAACAUUGGAGUCUGAUGUUGAUGUUGUUGUGGCACCUCCUUUUGUCUAUCUAGAUCAGGUGAAAGCUUCAUUAACUGAUCGAAUUGAGGUAUCUGCUCAAAAUUCUUGGAUUGGAAAAGGUGGGGCUUUCACAGGUGAAAUCAGUGUGGAACAAUUGAAAGAUAUUGGCUGCAAGUGGGUCAUUCUUGGGCAUUCUGAACGCAGACAUAUUAUUGGUGAAGAUGAUCAGUUUAUAGGAAAGAAGGCUGCUCAUGCUUUGAAAGAGGGUCUUGGAGUAAUAGCUUGUAUUGGUGAAUUAUUAGAAGAAAGAGAAGCAGGCAAGACUUUUGAUGUAUGUUUCCAGCAACUGAAGGCUUUUUCUGAUGUUGUACCCAGUUGGGACAAUAUAGUUAUCGCUUAUGAGCCUGUAUGGGCCAUUGGGACUGGUAAGGUGGCUACACCCCAGCAAGCUCAGGAAGUACAUGAAGCUGUCCGUGAUUGGCUUAAAAAGAAUGUUUCUGAGGAGGUUGCAUCUAAAACGCGCAUUAUAUAUGGAGGGUCUGUGAAUGGAGGCAACUGUGCUGAUCUUGCAAAAGAAGAAGAUAUUGAUGGGUUUCUUGUUGGUGGUGCUUCCUUGAAGGGCCCUGAGUUUGCUACAAUUAUCAACUCUGUAACAUUCAAAAAGGUUGCCGCUUAAAUAUAAAAGGAGGGUUAUAGUAACAAAUAAAGGACAGAGAGAAGCUAUUGCAGGUUGAAGCUUCAUGCGACCUAUGAGUUAGUGUUGUCCAAUGGAGUUUUGAUUACUUAUUGAGUUCUUUUUUUCCCCCUAAUGAUAGGGAAAAUCUGUUGUGUCUUCUAGUGUACCAUAAUAAGUUCAUUUCUUUAAUAUGCUAUGGGCACUAUACAUAAUUCACUGACAUUGAAAGAGUGCAUAGGAUUUGACCGUUUGGCACUCCAAAUGCUAACUGCUUAAUUCUCAUUUGCUAAUUUAAACUUCAUUUUCUCGUGUGGUUCUUGGAAAUUCUGGAUGGAAUCAAGGAAGACACUUGUUUUCUGUAGUACCUGGAACAUGUGAUAGUUUUCAUCAUUCAGAUUU